AUGAGUCAUCUCACACGAGACAAUAUCUUCCCUGGCUUCACAGCCCUAUCCAAUCAAGUCUUCAUCCGCAGUGGAGAAGAACUUGGGACUGCAAAUACACGACACCCCCACACCGUCAUCGUCUAUGGUUGGGGCGAUGCUCCUGCCAAGCAUGUGUCCAAGUUCACCGACGGAUAUCGAAAGCUUUACCCACAGGCCAAACAAGUCGCAAUUCUGUCUCCCAUUUACCAAGGGUUCUUCGACAGUCUCGCUCAACGAACUGAGAAAAUGCUCCCUGUGAUCAAUGAAGUCUUCACAAAAGACUUGCAAGGUGCCGCUCCUGGUCCAAUUCUUAUCCAUUGUUUGUCGAAUACUGGCAUUGGGAGCUACCACUCGACUCUUAAUGCAUACAAGGAGCUUUACAAUAAGCCGAUGCCGCAUAGUCUGACUGUCUAUGACUCCACGCCGGGAACGUCCAAUCUUACCUGGUCCAACGUGACGAGAUGGUCGAAUGCGAUGGCGAUUGGACCAGCUGGCAAGCUCCCCUGGCCAUUUUUCAUUACCCAAGGCUUUUGCAUUCUAUUCUUUGGCUUCAUCCACCUAUUUGAUUUCCUAGCUGGGAGGGAAUCUUCGCCGUGGUUCAGUCAUAGGGUGUUCUAUGACGAGAGGUGGGAGAGUAAGGAUAGUUCGAGGUUAUUCUUGUAUGGCAAGAAGGAUAUUCUGAUUCCGUGGGAGCAUAUCGAGGGACAUAUUGCAGAGUCCCGCAGGAUUGGGUACGUGGUUGACAGUCAGUUGUUCGAUGACAGUGGACAUGUCGGGCACAUGAGGAAGCAUCCUGAGAUAUAUUGGGACACUAUUCGAGGUUCCUGGGAGAAGGCGAGAGCAACCUGA